AAAAAAUAAAAAAAAAAAUGGUGUUGAUUGCGGAGCGUCGUUAGCAAGUUUUAAAGGCAAAUAAAAAAGCGAGGGGGAGGUACUGAGUUAUUAAAAAAGAAGCUUGCAAUUUGCGAAGUAGAAAGCUAGUUGGUGAGAAUGUCGUUUAGAGGGAAGAGAAAGGACGGAGAGGAUCACGCUUCCGAAGAGCAUGAGGGCCACGCACCCACCAAGAAAGCCUCCAAAACUUCUGCUGCCGUCGACUCUGACGAUUCCGACGACAUCGUCGUCUGCGAGAUAUCCAAGAAUAGAAGAGUUUCAGUGAGGAACUGGAAUGGAAAAUUUUGGGUUGAUAUUCGUGAAUUCUAUAUCAAGGAUGGUAAACAAUUGCCUGGCAAAAAAGGUAUUGCUCUGAGUCUGGAUCAGUGGAACAUUCUACGGGAUCAUGUGGAGGAAAUUGAUAAGGCACUUGCUGGGAACUCUUAGGAAGUAGACAUGGUGUACCAUUUACAGAAGAUGAUGGGAGUCUAAGGUGUCAGGGCUUCUUUUUGUUUAUGCUGGAAAGUGAAGUUGCUGGUGGUCGAGGUUUUGUGUUUUACCAGAGGUCUAUAUUGACUUGGUUUUGAAGUUGCUAAACUUAAAGAUUUCAUUAGGCGGACCUCCCUUUUGUGUAAUGAGUUGUGUAGCUUUAGCUAUAAAACUAAUAUCUGCUGUAUCUUCAUGUUGGAUGAUAUUAACAUGAUCAGUAAA